GUAUGACCUCCUCCUUAGUAGCCGCGCUCCCUGCGCCUCGAUCCGGGAUUUGGAAUUACAGUUGAAACGGCCGAUCAUAAUGUCAUCGUCGGCAGUGACAACAAGAGUUGCUUUACAUAGACCAUGGUGUAGGCCAGUAUAAAUCUCCAAGUGGGCCGAGCUCCUUUCAUCGCAAGUUCCAUCGAGCCUCGACAUGUACUACCCUUACCACAGCAGCCUGAGCAGCAUACCUCCAGCCAACGGUGCCUAUGGCAGCAAUGACAGUGGGUACCCGCCAAGCAGUGCGAACCAAGCACACUCCCCAUACGCGACCUCCCCGUCUAUGCAUGACGCGGGCAGUGGUUACUCGGCGCCCCUCUCGUCGAACACCCCUACUGCUGAUGUGGGUCAGUACAUCAUGCAGGAGUAUGAAUUUGCGUACACUGGCACCUCCUACGACACAUUAUCGCCCCAGCUCUCUCCAACACCAUGCGGACAUGGCUCAUACAGCACUGGUUGGCAUGCAGGCCAACCAGGACUGUACGCACCGAUGCCAAUGGAUCGGAGUACUACCCAAUCUUAUCACGAUCAGCCACCUUCCCAGAACUCGACGAGCCAGAUGAUGCAGGGCUAUGGUGGAGGUUCCCAGCAACCCUACACACCCCAGGCACAACUGUCCAUCUAUCCGGGACGUCUCACGCUUUGCGAGUGGGACGGCGGCUCCUGCGGGGUCGCACUUGACGAUAUUACUCCGGCGGGAAUCGCGCGACACCUGCGAAGCUAUCAUUUCCGCGGAAAUUGGCAGGCGCGGGCCCGCGGACGGUGCAGCUGGGGCACGAAUUGUCGGGGCGACGACAUGAACUACGAGAGCAUGGGGAAGCAUGUGGCGCAGGUGCAUCUUGGAAGCACGAAGAAGCAGUGCCCUCAGUGCGGAGGGACCUUUGCGAGGAAUGAUGCUCUGCUUCGCCAUCUCCGCGAGCACUGCGACACUGUUUGAGCGCCGCAUCGGACCGAAUCUUGUGCACCUUGAUGCUUGGGUUGCUCACGUCCUAUUCCGAUUUUCCCUCACGGAUAUUAUUCGCCGUACCCUCUUCGAUUCUCUUGCUUCUUGUGUAGUAUUGCAGCAUUCCUCGUAUGACGGGGGGUCUCCACCCGAGAGUCUCUUUCCCGCGCUUUCGGUCACUCACAUGUAGCCGUAGUCUAAAGCUUCGAAUCCAUACAUGACGGUCCCUCCUUGCUUUAUUUGUCAAUGUCAAUUCGAGAUCCCGGAGAUCCAGCUCAGGCGGGAUCAACCUGUACUCCGCCGGCACGUCAAUGCAUAUACUUAC